AUGCUGAAAAAACCAGAAGGGGAUAGAAUUAUGGCCAGCACUCAGGAAAAACCAGGCCCAGUAGAAAAAUGGGCGGAGCAUGUCGACCGUAACCCAACCGAUGACAUCAAGGAGGAGAUUCCGAAGAAGGGAGGAGGAAAACGUAACGCGAAAGUGGUUCCAACCAGUGACCCACCACUGCCAAAAGGUGGAAAACUGAAAUUGACGGAAGGCGUCGUUCAGGAUUAUAUAAAUAUCGAGAAGGCAAUCAAUCGAUUGGAACGGAAGAAUGUUUUAAAGAAAUUUGAGUCGCAGACGAUUUACGCGGAUAACUUGAAGAAUACGGUGGAGCAGUUGGAGGCGGUGCUUAAAGAGUUGAGAAAGCAGACUGAACGCGAGAAAACGGAUCUCAAAAACAUCGAGCAACCUUCCGUCCGUGACUUUCUCAAACAACAAGGACAAUGGGACGAGCGUUAUCAAAAAGAGAAAUCCGAGUACGAAGACGCGAUGGUUCGACAGGAGACGGUGCAGAAGGAGUUGAAUAUCGCCCGUGUCAAUUAUGAUAACGCGGUGAAGAUUCAGGAGAUUUAUAAGCAGCAGACGGAUAAUUUGAAUGGUUUGUACGAGGAACAGGACAAGAUGUUGGAGGCGAUAUUCGGCACGGAUUACGCGUCGGAGAAGGAAAAUGUGCUCGAGGGAGAGGUCGACGACAUGGUAGACUGGCAGCAACGUGUCUCGCUGGCAAUGUUCAAAUGGGCAAAUGGAAGAGUUUUGUUGGUUCACGCCCUGACUCAACUCACGUUUGGAAUCAAUCGAUGGCAGGAUGUGCAGAAGAUUGAGAAGGAAAACGAGCGCGGCCGCUACUUCGCCGCUGCAGAGGCCCGUAACAACUUUGUGGCCGCCGCUCAAAAUGUGCAAUCAUGUCGGAUGUACCUGAAUAAAGUGGAUUUUCCAUAUGGCACCGAAAAGGAGAUCGCACUUUUGGAGGACACCGUGAAUAAGGCGUUUCGUAAUGUGGAUAACGAUUCGGAAAUGAAGAAAGCGCUCAAGGUAUUCCAAGAGACGCAACAAAAAGUGGCUUCACUCAUCCAAUGGUUCGACAAAGUCAUCAAUGACACGAUUCGAAAAGAUUUGGAUCAAGCAAACAAUGAAUUGAUCAAGAAGCAGAAAGCGUUGAGGGAGGAGAGAUUGACGUUGAUGAAGAGAUUGGCCAAAUCCCAACUCGACGUGGAUAUGAAAAUCGAGUACGACGACGUGGCAGAUGAUGAGUUGGAGCGAGAGCUCAAAGAGCUCGAGCGCCAAGCUCUUCGGGAUGUAGAAAAGUUGAAGGAAGCCGACGUACAAGGGAUUCUAGACCUUAGCAAGCAGGGCGGGAACGUGGUGACCCCUCUAAACAAGUUGGCGCCCUUACCAUCGAAAGACGCUCUAUUUGGAGACGUCAAACAGAAACUGGAUGAAUACGAUGAGACGAGGAAGCAAUUCGAACGGCGGAACAAUUUGCAGCGGGAGAAACAAUCGAUCGCGUUGCAGGAGAAGUUGAAGUUGAGGCAACAGAAAAAUCGAAGGAAUCGCAAGGAGCGGAGGGAUAGCAUUGGAGCGUCAGGGGUGGUGGAGCAGGCCGUCACAAAGACUGGCAAGAAGAAGGCGACAAGAGAUCAUUGA